AUGGCCAUCAGCAGAUUGUCCCUGAUCAAGUUUUUGGAGCUGGUGCUCACAUGUUCGUGUGUCGCCCUCCACUACCACAGCUACGAUGGUGAUGCUCAGACCGGUAUGCUGGUCACCGGUACCUUCGUGGGAUACCUUAUCAUAUUUGCCGGAGCUGCUGCCGGUUAUGUCAUGCAGACACCCUCGCACAAACGCGUUGACAUUUUCUACUCGUUGAUCGGAGUUGCCUUGUUCGUCGCAAGCGGAGCCCUUAUUAUUGACAAAUACCAGAACGCGUCAAAAUCAGAAUGGAGGGACAAGAACUUGGCAAAGGCUUCCCUCGCCAUCAUCAAUGGUGCCCUCCUCCUGUUGGACGCCGUCCUCACACAGCGUGGAGGCUAA